CUAUUACUGUAAUAUGUAUAGUCUAUGAGGUAAUAAGGAAAGGUGGCAAGUACUGUUACUGUAAUUUGUGGCUGGUGUCCUGAGUUUAGCCACAAGACUAAUUAAGAAUGGCCUGAAAAACGAGACCACUAGGGCUAUUUGUAAGGGGUGGUGCUAAUAUAGACUGCGAUCCAUUUGUUUGUGUUAAACUCUUCUGUUAUAGUUCUUGGCUUUUCUUCAAGACUCAAGUUAUAUUGAAGAAUUGAAGUACCAAAAUGGCGAGAUUCUGUGGUUUGGUUACUGUCGAGAAUAAACCAGUUCCUCUGAAGAGUGUGGAAGUAGAUGUGCGUGUGCAGGGUCAUGUAGCCACAGUGAGCUCCACUCUACUGUAUGUGAAUGGAGAAGAGCGCCCCCUAGAGGCUGUGUUUGUGUUCCCUCUGCCUGGAGAAUGUGCCGUCUGCCACCUCAGUGCCAAGAUAGGAGACACAGAGGUGGUGGCAAAGCUGCAGGAGAAACAGAAGGCCCGGGAGGAGUAUGAUGAUGCGUUGAGCUCGGGCCACCAGGCCUUCCUGCUGGAGGAGAGUGCUCAGAGCCCAGACGUGUUCCAGCUGAACGUGGGCAGCCUGCCUCCAGGAGAGAGUGCUGCCAUCACUCUGGUCUACAUCUCAGAGCUGGCCAUGCAAGCUGAUGACGCCCUGCGCUUCUGUCUGCCCACUGUGCUCAACCCCCGCUACACACCCCAGGACAUGGACAGGAGUCAAAUGGCCACAGUGACUUCAGUCCCAGCUGGUACGGUGCCCUACACGUUGGCUCUCAGUGCUCAGCUGUCCUCCCCCCAGCCCAUCUCUAAAGUGGAGUCCAACUGUGCUCUGGAGCCACUGGCUUACCUCAGCCCAGACAAAACACAGGCCACGGUGAGUCUCUCUCCAGGCCACCUGUUUGACCGUGAUGUGGAGCUGCUGCUGUAUUACCAGGAUGCUCAUAAGCCCACGGCCAUAGUGGAGGCUGGACUGGACAGUGCUGAGCCAGACUCUUUGAUUAAGGACCCGGUUGUAUUGCUCAGCAUUUACCCAGAGUUCCCUGCUGCAGUAACAUCCUCACUUGCCACGUGUGGAGAGUUUAUUUUUGUGGUGGACCGAUCAGGGAGUAUGCGUUUCAAGAUGCACCCAGGAAAAGAUGCAAUGAUGCGCAUAGAGAGUGCCAAGGACACUCUGCUCCUGCUCUUGAAGAGCGUCCCCAUGGGCUGCUACUUCAACAUCUAUGGAUUUGGCUCCCGUUAUGAACAUUUCUUCCCGAAGAGCGUUGAGUACAACCAGAAGACGAUGGAUGAAGCUCUUGAGAAAGUGAAGGGAAUGGGAGCAGACAUGGGGGGCACGGAGAUUCUUCAGCCUCUGAAACACAUCUACAGCCAGCCCUGCAUCCCCAGCCACCCCAGACAGCUCUUUAUUUUCACUGAUGGAGAGGUGGGGAACACUAAGCAGGUUUUGGACUUGGUGAAGAUCAAUGGAAAUGCUCACCGGUGCUUCUCUUUUGGAAUUGGAGAGGGUGCAAGCACUGCUUUAGUCACAGGUAUGGCCAGGGAGGGCUCUGGGCAUGCUCAGUUCAUCACAGGAACAGACCGCAUGCAACCCAAGGUGAUGCAGUCUCUGCGCUAUGCGCUGCAGCCAGCAGUGAAGGACAUCUCUGUUCACUGGAACCUUCCAGAUGGUGUAUCAGUCACCACUUUGUCUCCUCCCCUCCAAGUGCUCUUCCAUGGUCAAAGGGCCCUGCUGUAUGCCCAGGUUAAAGGAGAGAGUCCAACGAAUCCUGAAGGAUCUGUGACAAUUCAGUACAACCUGUCGGAGGAGACGGUCAAGAACCAACUCAGCUUCUGCCUCAGACCCACAGGAGACACAGGAGUGACUCUCCACCGGCUGGGGGCUCGGGCUCUGAUCCGCUCGCUGGAGAUGGAGGAGCGGGCAGCAGGGCCAGAGGCCAAGGCCCUGAGAGAGAAGCUGCUGCAGCUCAGCCUGCAGUCUGGAGUCAGCUGCACACACACCGCCUUCAUCGCCAUCCACAAGGGCAGCGGACAGACUGUGCAGGGACCACUGCUCCACAGAACUGUGCCAACCCCAAGAAUGCCUUUUUGUGCACCAAGAUUAACGUGCUAUUCAGCGCCAGUGGCCAAGAAAGCUAGAAGUUGUGCAAAGAAUGCAGCUCCUGCUGGAAUGUGUGUUGGUCGACCUUUAGCCAGGACCCAAUGUUCCCCGGCUAAUGUAAUCAUUGGAUCACCUCCAGUGCCUCCUAGCCCAUCUGGUGGCGUUUUGACAGCUGCAAGCGGGUUUUUUUUAAACUUAUUCAGUAAAGGCAAGGCACCCAGAAAGGAUUUGGGUUCAUCAUCUGCAAUGCCUUAUGUCACUUUAGGCCGUUGUACAUUAAAGGACAUGGCCUGGGAAGGGUCCUUAAAUGAAGCCAUGCUGGAUGCACCAGGUUCGCUUGGUGUGCUUCAAGAGUCACUCAAGGUAGAUCACCUCCUUCAGCUGAUCUCCCUUCAGAAAGCCACAGGAUCAUGGGAAAUGGAGUCCUCCUUGGCCAAGGUGUUGGAGAAGACAGAUGAUGAGUUGAACAAGCUGAUGCCAGUGGGGGCAGACAAGGCUGUGUGGGCUACAGUUCUGGCUCUGAUUUGGCUCUAUGGUUUCCGCCUGGAGGCCCGGGAUGAAUGGCAGUUUGUAGCCAUGAAGGCAGCAUCCUGGAUUCAAGCUCAGAAAGUGGACUCUGUGUCUCAGUGUGUGCAGGCUGGAAAUGCUCUGCUGGGAUGUCAGGUGCAGCAGGAGAAUCUGGGCCUCUGAAGACCAUGGAAUGGAAUUACUAUGCUAUCACAUGCUUACAGGAGCUUAAUUUCUGUCUGAAGUGUCCUUAUGGCUUUUGCCUUGGUGUUAGUUGAAUUGCAGUGUCCAUCUUUGCAUGAAUUGCAAUAUUUCAUUAUUAUGCAAAUGUUAUAUGCAUCAAUCUUGGGUACUUUGAUAACAAAAUGUCUUACUUUGUUACUUCAUUUUAUUUAAAGAAACUGACCAUUUUUUUUUUGUGAUCAAUUGUUUUUAUUUUGUAAUAAUGCACAUAUCA